UAAAAAGUUUAUGAAAUGUCCAAUUUGGUCCCCUAUCUUAACCAAAUCCGGACCCUCUAUCUAGAUUUCCAAACUCCCUCAAGCUGCCACGUGGCAGCACUCCCCAAUUCCCCACUUCUCUCUCUUUCCCCCACCCCGAGGCCUCACUCUCUCACCCUCACUUUCAACUCUCUUUCUCUCUGCACUCACUCUCCCUCUCUCGAGACCCUCACCUCUCGCUCUCGGACUAUUUCCCGAUCGGCACACACACACAAGCAGCCACCAUCACAAUCACACCACCAUCAACACCCGGUCGUCUCUCUCUCUCUCUCUCUCGUCGCUGCAAGGCGUGGCGAAGCCCAGAAAACACUUCGGCGAGUUUCCUCGUCUUCCCGACUCGGUUUUCAGAAAAAUGGCUCGGAAAGGAAGCCCAGUUUUCCGGUGAGCCGUGGGUGUGUGAGCUUAAACCCGACCACCUCAGGCCCUUCCAUGGUGAAUCGAAGAGGUGAAAUUAAUAGCGGCGUUCCGAUAUUCUUUUUGGCACGGAUUUGCACCAACGAUAUAUGAUGAGUGGAUCUCUUCUAAAAUGCAUGUUUUAAUAGCAGAAAUGCAUGCAUGAAUAAAACAUGAUUUAAUUAUUACAUUUUAUAAAACGUUUUAUGAGAUAAUAUGUUUACUGAAGCUAUUUUGAAUUAUUAUUAUUUUUUCUAUAUCCUAUGUUCUUUAUGGGAUAUUUGAUGAAUGACGAUAUAAUAUUUAGAUCAUGUUUAGAACAUCUCUUUAUAGUAUAAAUGAUGGAUGAUAUUAUACUAUGAAGCUGCUUUUCAAUAUAUGUAUGUUCAAUGGAUUUGUACUUACCUAGUGGUCCCAAUUCCGCUAUGGGACAAGGGAUAGAUUUUAGUCCGUCCCGGAUGAUGGUUACGGUGUUGGACCCAUCCUCUUAUUCAUUCAAUUUUAUAUUAUUUCUUUUUAGUAUUUUAGUUAGUUGUAUGUUUUGAACACAUUCUUAAAAUGCAUAUUCAUUAUAAUUUAAAUUUAUAAGUCUUAUCUA